UUCUCACCCCUACCAGGACUGUGUAUCCCGUCCUUCUGUGCUGACUACCGCCAACACUGUUUUAUUGAAACCCCGAAAUCCUGGUUUGAUGCCCAGAGCUACUGCAGAGAGAGAGGCCACGACCUGGCCACCAUAGACGACAUGGGGGCAAUGAAGUCACUGCUGGUAUUCAAUGCCAACAAUGGAUUGAAUGAUUUGGCAGGUAAUAGACAAGGUGGAGACCAAUAUGUCCUAGUGAGAGAGGGGAAGAACUGGGUCGAUGCGCAGGCGUACUGCAGGAGUCACCACACGGACCUGGUCAGCAUCAGGAACUCAACAGAGAACCAGGCAGUCGCGGAGGCAAGUGGUGGAUAUUAUGUCUGGACCGGCCUUUUCAAAGAGGCGUGGUACUGGUCGGACGGGCGCUACUCCUCCUUACGACACUGGGAUCAUCAUGCAUUUCAACCGUUGAGUGCUUUGGAGUUGCAUUAG